AUGGCCGUGUACCUCCAGGCAUUCAUUAAUUCCUCGUCUGCCGUUGCGAGCUUGUUCGAGGUCUCUCUCUUUGGAUUCACAUCAACCCCAAACCUGGACACCCCUCCAAAGACGAUUUUGAUUGUGAACAAACUUCGUACCCAGCCAGUCAUCCUCGCGAUUGAUGCCUUUCUCGAACAUGUGCAUGCCACCUACCCUGGAGUAAGAGUGUUUCACGAGAAUAGGUCUGACAUACCGCACGGAGCAGAAAUCUGGCAAUCAACUCCCAACUCCCCCAAAAUAGACUUGGUUGUGACAUUAGGCGGAGAUGGCACCAUAUUGCACGCGUCAUCUCUCUUCAGCGCCGGUGCGGUUCCACCUGUAUUGAGUUUCUCGAUGGGCACAUUGGGAUUCCUGCUUCCUUUUCACAUUGAUGACUUUUCCAAAGCUCUCGAAAGUGUCUUUACAGGAAAAGCAACCAUCCUGAACCGCAUGCGCUUGGCUUGCACAUUUUACGAUAAAGACUUUGAAAAAAUUGGGAAGGAUGGUGAUGACUGGCAAGUUAUGAAUGAGAUCGCACUCCACCGUGGCUCGAGUCCCCACUUGAACACAAUCGACAUCUUUGUCGACGGUCAGCAUCUCACAGAAGCAGUGUCUGACGGUCUCAUCGUGUCCACCCCAACGGGCUCCACUGCCUACUCGCUUUCCGCUGGAGGUCCCAUUGUCCACCCAUCCUUGAGCGCCUUGGUCCUAACCCCAAUCUGUCCACGGAGCCUAUCAUUCCGUCCACUUGUCUUCCCGUCAUCUUCCAUAGUCACAUUAAGGAUAGGGGAUCGCAGCCGAGCCCCAGCCGGGGUGUCCAUGGAUGGACGAACAUCGCAUGUGCUCAACCCAGGAGAAUCAGUCAACGUUCAGGCCUCGCCCUUCCCCGUUCCAUGUAUCAAUCGAUCAUCUAUCAUCACAUCGACAGAUGCAGAGGAGAUGAAACACAGCGAAGGUGCCGGUCCUGGGAAAGAGGACGACUGGGUUCGCGAUAUCAACAACCUUCUGCAAUAUAACGCUACUUUCAGGAGCAAGGCUCUUUUACGACACAGUCGAACAUGA